AAUUUUCUGUGGAAGUGUGAGUGUUGGCAGUCAGAGGGGUGUUCCCAUGCUUCACCUCCACAGCAACAGGCUCAGAUCAUUUAGUCCAUCUUAGAGGAGACUAUACUGGGGAGAAUCCUGCCCACAUACAAACCAUGAACCUAACCUUCACGUUCACACUUCUUCUUGUUGCCAUGGCAGCUCUGGAGACUAAGUCAGGUCCCAUCUUCUUCCGCUGUCAAUGCACCAGAAUCCUCCCCGACGGCGUGAUGAGUGGCAGACAUGUGAACCCUGCAUCUGUGAGGGCCGUGGCCCGGUACCCCGCGGGGGCCCACUGCAGGAAGGAGGAAGUCAUCAUUGACUUCAUCCGAAGAAAACUGUGUGUGAAUCCUAAAGCGCCGUGGGUGAUUGCUCUGGAAAGAAAGAUCCACCUCCAACGCAAUCAUCAACACCACCAGUGCAACCAAUGUCACCACCAACCAGUGGUGGAGGAAGUACUGAAGUUUAGUACUUAAGUAAAAG